UACUUUUGGCAUCUCACACCACAACAUAUAAACGCCAUCUUUAUAUGUGACAGGGGCGAACGAGAGAGGCUGCAGAGUUGUAAAGGGAAAGUGGGUCAGGCUCUGUGGACACGAACACGCUGUGAAAUCAGCAUUUAGUGAGGGUGAAGGCGGACUCGGACACGCAAACCGUGCUGUUCUAUGGUCCAAUGUGUUUAACCGCUUCACCACCAGCUCGUACGCAGUUGUCGUGUGUCGGUCCAGGCUGACGUUGAGCGAUAUUUGACGAAAUCAAGACGAAGGCGACAAACAGCCUAUAGAGCCCCUCUGGUGCUGGCAGACACACAAAAACCUCCCGGCUUUGCUUUUGCACGCGGGCGAACACUUGCCUCCACUGCUACAACUCCAUCCAAGGGGAAACACUGCUCUGGGAACCACAAGAUGAAACGAGUUCACCAGGUGAAUGAGAAGAAGGAUGGCGGAGGCACCAGCACUGUUUCUCAGAAGACUCUUAAACGGCCCUCGAAGCAGAGGACUGACAAAGACUUGGAGCAGGAAGGUGCCUGUUGGGAGUGUCUGCCUCAGGAGAUCAUGCUUCACAUCUUCCAGUACUUGCCUUUACUGGACAGAGCUUAUGCCUCUCAGGUGUGUCAAAGCUGGAACCAGGCUUUUCACAUGCCAGAGCUGUGGCGGUGCUUUGUGUUCGAGUUAAACCAGCCUGCAACCUCCUACCUGAAGGCCACACACCCAGACCUCAUCAAACAGAUCAUCAAAAGACACUCCAAUCAUCUGCAAUAUGUCAGCUUCAAGGUGGACAGCAGCCGAGAGUCUGCGGAGGCAGCGUGCGACAUUCUCUCACAGCUCGUCAACUGUUCCCUCAAAACACUUGGGCUCAUCUCCACAGCCAGGCCCAGUUUCAUGGAGGUUCCCAAAUCUCACUUCAUCUCAGCGCUGACGGUGGUUUUUGUCAAUUCCAAAUCCCUGUCCUCCCUAAAGAUUGACGACACACCUGUGGAUGACCCCUCCCUUAAAGUCCUGGUGGCCAAUAACAGUGACACGCUCAGACUGCUGAAAAUGAGCAGUUGCCCUCACGUUUCACCUGCAGGUAUCAUGUGUGUGGCCGAUCAGUGCCAUGGUUUGAGAGAACUGGCACUCAACUACCACUUGCUGAGUGAUGAACUUCUCAUCGCUCUGUCCUCAGAGAAACACGUUCACCUCGAGCACCUUCGCAUUGACGUGGUCAGUGAGAAUCCAGGCCAACACUUCCACACCAUCAAGAAGAGCAGCUGGGAUGCCAUGGUGCGCCACUCUCCUAAAUUUAACUUGGUCAUGUACUUCUUUCUCUACGAGGAUGAAUUUGGCCCUUUCUUCCGCGACGAAAUCCCCGUCACGCACUUGUACUUCGGUCGCUCUGUCAGCAAAGACGUUCUGGGCCGUGUCGGGCUCACCUGCCCCCGUCUGGUGGAGCUUGUUGUGUGUGCCAACGGGCUGCGGCCGCUAGAUGAGGAGCUGAUCCGCAUCGCCCAACACUGCACGCAGCUGUCGGCCAUUGGCUUGGGGGAGUGUGAAGUGUCCUGCAGUGCCUUUGUGGAGUUUGUCAAGAUGUGUGGAGACAGACUGACGCAGUUAUCCAUCAUGGAGGAAGUGCUGGUCCCAGAUCACCGCUAUGGGCUGGAUGAUAUCCAUUGGGAGGUGUCCAAGCAUUUGGGUCGCGUCUGGUUCCCAGACAUGAUGCCAACCUGGUAGAGCUCUGGGUGACUGUGCGUGAAUUGUGUGUGUGUGUCCCAGACCCCAUAUGUACCCCUAAAUCUCCUCAAAUAUAUGAAGAAUUUACAUCUCUGGAUUUUGAUAAAGACAUACAUGUUCACUGAUUUAAACUCUGCUUUGUCGUUCCAUGUAAAGCUAUUUUUUUAUAUGAAUAUUUAUGUCUACAUUUGUUUGUCUUGUUGGCACCUUGUUCUCUCUGCCAUUUUUCAGGUUCUAUGGAAUCCAGUAGAUUGGUCAUGUGUUGAAUUCAUAGUUUUCCAUUGAAAUUGACCCUGGGAAUGACUUGGAAAGAAAUGGAAGACACUAAUUAAAACGAUAAAUUAAACAUACAAAUACUUGUGUAGAAAUUAAAAACUUUUAUUUCAGUUUAAUUUGAAAAACCUGACAUGAAUAACCAAUAUGUUUUGUUUAUUACAAAGAUACAAUUACAAAGAAAUUACAAAUACAGUAAUACAAAAAGUAUGUCUGUGUAUAUAUGUGUGUAUAUAUGUAUAUGUGUAUAUGUAUGUAUAUAUGUAUGUGUGUAUAUAUAUAUAUGUGUGUG